CACAGGAAAUUCCUCAGCAGAUGUCUGUGUGUAAUAUAGCGGAAGCAAAGCCUUAUACAGUAAAAAGCUGAUAGCCAUCACCCAUAGAGUCCCUGUCUGUUCUGCUGAGCCGCCUUGCUGCACAUAUCAUUAUGGAGCUGCCAAGAACCCACCUCUGCCUACUAGUCUUCAUCUGUGGCAUCAUUCAUACAGGCUGGUCCCAGAAGCAGUGUGAGGUGCAGGUUGUCAGCACUCAGGUAUUUGCACCAUUUGAUGAGUGGGUUCUCCUAAAUUGUACUUACACCUGUUCCAAACCUAGCUGGGAGUCCAGACUACGAAAGAGGAACAUAACAGAGGGAGACCACUGGGUGUCCACAGAGGUCCUUGUCAACGACUGGGAAACAUCCAGAAUAUCUUGUAUAUCAGAGGAUGAGGAGAACGUGCUGGAAUCCAUUGUGACAGUGGCAGCAUAUGCGCUUCCAAGUAAAGUGACAAUUGACCUGGAAGAAGAGCUGGAGGAAGGACAACGACAUGAAGUCACCUGCACUGUGUUUGACGUGGCACCUUUGGCCAAUCUCAAGAUUUCUGUGAUAAGAGAAGGGACCGUGAUCCGUACACUAACAUUUGCAGAAGACACCGUGACAGGCAAACAGACUCUGUCUGAGUCAUUUUACUUUGAACCCAGUCGAAGGGACAACCUUCAAGACUUCUACUGUCAGGCGGCCUUAGAGCUUGGGACAGUUGGGGAUUACAUGGUACAGUCUAAGAAAAUCAACGUGAAAACAUUUGCAAGGCCACAGUUGCCAACUAUCUCAAUAAAACCUACAACUGCCAAAGAAGGUGACUCCGUAACACUGACUUGCCAUUCUGAGGGAUUACCUGAACCUGAGUACUCUUGGGAGCUUCCUACCGAUGCUCAUGUGACUUACUCGGAGGAUAAAAGUAUUAUUAAUAUAGCCAAAGUCACUGUUGCUUACAACGGUAAAUACCUGUGUAUGGCCAAGAACAAACAUGGAAGAGUUCGUGAGGAGAAAUUCUUAGACGUUAUAAAAAACCCUGGAGCUCAGCCAGAUACUCCAUUUUUCAUGGUCUUACCCGGUGAGACUGUUAAAGAAGGUGACUCCCUAAACCUAACUUGUCGCUCCAAUGGAUUCCCCGAACCUGAGUACGUCUGGAUCAUUCCUUCCAAAGAUCGUGUGUCUUUCUCUGCGGAUAAGAGCAAAAUCUUCAUAAGAAAAACAACUUCUGCUCACAAUGGAACCUAUGCAUGUGAAGCUCAAAACACACAUGGAAAAGUUCGUAAGCAAGUGGUCGUAAAGAUUAUUGGACAACCCAAUGGUUCAUUUAAUACAAGGCCAGCCACCAUCUUGCUUCCAUCUGUUUUGGUUUUUAUUUUGGCUUUAUUAUGAAGAACAGGAAAAAGAUCACCAGUAUUAAAAUGGUUCAGACGUUGCCUAUCUAAGGACGUUCUAUGAAAAGAUACAUAUUGUUGGUAUUUAAAUGGACAGAAAUGUAAAAAUUGUUGGCACAGAGGAUCGUAUAUGCUGGACGUCAUUUUAUAUUAUCCCUGUGUGUAAAAUAUGAGGACACAUCUGGAAGCUGGAUCUGCCAAUUUGUGGCCACCUCUGUCCAUUCUCGCUGGGCUUGGUCAUGCUCCAUUUUUGUCAAAACCUGCCUCAGUUACCCCACUGCCUUAUUUUCACAUAUUAUAUGAUAGGAUUAUACACUGUAUGAUAACAUUAUCACAGCUCAGUAGAGGAAACCUGUACAAAUAAGGGGGAUGCCUUUUCUGACCGCCUUUUGAGAUUACUAGACCUGGCUGCCUCAACCUUCAACACUCGAGCACAACAUACUCAAAGACAGGGCUGGACUGGGACAAAAAUUUGGCCCUGGACUUCAUCCAGACUGGCCCACUUUGACAGGUCUCUCCCA